UUGAACGAGAGUCAGAAAAAAAAAUUGCCGGGAAAAAUGUCAACAAAAGAAGAUACAGCUUCGACGGAGAGAAACAAUCCUAAUUUACCAUGGGUUGAGAAGUAUAGACCAAAGCAGUUAGACGAACUCAUAUCCCAUAAAGAGAUCAUUUCAACUAUUGACAAGUUUGUCCAAGAAAACAGACUACCUCACCUGUUGUUUUAUGGACCGCCCGGGACAGGAAAAACCAGCACCAUUUUAGCAGUUGCCAAACAAAUAUAUUCCCCAAAGGAAUUCAACUCCAUGGUUCUAGAGUUAAAUGCCUCAGAUGAUCGAGGAAUAGGGAUAGUUCGUGGACAGGUUCUGAGUUUUGCUAGCACAAGAACAAUCUUCAAAUCUGGGUUUAAGAUUGUGAUACUGGAUGAAGCUGAUGCCAUGACACGAGAUGCACAGAAUGCUUUACGGAGAGUGAUUGAGAAGUUCACAGAGAACACUCGUUUCUGUAUAAUCUGUAAUUACCUGUCCAAGAUCAUCCCAGCUCUUCAAUCACGGUGCACUCGCUUCAGAUUUGGUCCCCUGGGGACAGAUCAAAUGGUACCACGCUUACAGCAUGUCAUAGAUCAAGAAGGAUGUAAUGUGACAGAAGAUGGAAUGAAAGCACUAGCUACCUUGGCCAAUGGUGAUAUGAGAAAAGCCCUAAAUAUUCUUCAAAGUACACACAUGGCACAUGAUGUGGUGGAUGAGGAUAACGUGUACACAUGUGUUGGACACCCGCUCAGACGAGACAUAGAAAAUAUCAUCAACUGGGUCCUCAAUGAAAGCUUCACCACAUCCUAUAACAAUAUCCUGGAAAUGAAGACAGAAAAGGGCUUGGCUCUACAAGACAUACUCACUGAAGUUCAUACCUAUGUACAUAGACUUGAUUUACCAAUAAGUGUUAAAAUUCAUCUUCUUGACAAAAUGGCAGAAGUAGAGCACAGACUAGCUUCUGGUACCAACGAAAAGAUACAACUGAGUUCUUUGAUUGCUGCCUUCCAAGUGGCCCGAGACCUCAUCGUGCAAGAAGCGUGACUUUUGUUACAUGUGACUGUUGAUAGUGAUCAAAUGUAUGUGAAUCUUGAUUUUUAUAUCAUAAUAAAUUGCUUAAGUUU